AUGGCUAUUGACACGCGCGCGAGCCUUGAGGUCACCAAGGGCGCGACCGCGAUUGACCCCAUCCCCUUGGACACCACCAGCACUCCGAGCUCCAUCAUCGAAGACGAUGACCACCUUUUAGGGCCUUUUCCAACAGAAGAAGAAUGGGCGACGCUUCCUCGUGUCGCGGGCUCCAUUCCUUGGACCGCGUGGACUGUUGCUUCUGUUGAAUUUGUGGAACGCUUCAGCUACUACGGUACCAGCGCAGUGUUCGUCAACUUCAUUCAGAAGUCACUACCUCCGGGCUCCAAAACUGGAGCUGGCUUUUUGAAAAAACCUGGUUCCGGUGCUCUAGGCAUGGGACAGCGUGCAUCGACUGGUCUAACUCAAUUCAACCAGUUCUGGUCUUACUUCACGCCCCUUUUUGGCGCUUGGCUUGCCGAUGAGUACUGGGGUCGCUACAAGACGAUCCAGUAUGCCAACGUCAUCGCGGUCAUCGGUCACAUACUGCUCAUCUUUUCCGCGAUUCCCCAGGUCAUCUCGAAGCCGAACACCGCCAUUGGCAUCUUCUCCGUUGGACUUGUCAUCAUGGGUAUUGGUACCGGUGGUUUCAAGUCGAAUAUCUCACCUUUAAUUGCUGAGCAGUAUAAAAACCGGAAAGCGUACGUUCGGACGAAGAAGAAUGGUAGUAAGGAGAUUGUCGACCCUGCUACCACAGCUGCGCGAAUCUACAUCUACUUCUACUUCCUGAUCAACUGCGGGUCUCUCACCGGUUCCCUUGCCAUGGUAUACUCGGAGCAUUUCGUGGGUUUCUGGCUCUCGUUUACUCUGCCAACAAUCUGUUACUGUCUGUGCCCGCUUAUCCUGGUGUUUUUCAAGAAGCACUACGUACUGACGCCACCCACUGGCUCCGUCUUCGGAAAAGCGUUCAAGCUCAUUCGACUGGCCAUAAAAAAUGCUUCCCGAAAGAACAUUUGGAAAGACGAGCUCUUCUGGGAGCGCGUCAAGCCAAGCUCGCUGCGCGCUAGCGGCAAAGAUGUUCCCUCGUGGAUGAACUUCGAUGACGCUUGGGUCGAUGAAGUCAGACGCGGUGUCGUCGCUUGCAAGGUCUUUGUGUGGUACCCGCUUUACUUCCUGUCGUACAACCAGAUGCUGAACAACCUCGUAUCUCAAGCCAAUACGAUGAACCUUGGCUCCACACCUAACGAUAUUGUUGCCAAGCUCAACCCAAUCUUCAUCAUCAUUGUUAUCCCUAUUAUGGACUUCAUCGUCUAUCCCGGUCUUCGCAAGGCAGGCAUUGUGUUCUCUCCCAUUAAGAAGAUCACCGCCGGUUUCACACUCGCCUCUUUCGCUAUGGUCACGGCCUGCGUCAUCCAGUACUACAUUUACAAGAUGUCGCCUUGCGGGAAACAGAUCAACGCAUUGAGCGAGACCCGCACAGACUGCAACGCAGAUAUCUCUGUUUGGGUGCAAGUCUUUCCCUAUGGUCUUAUCGGCAUGUCUGAAGUUCUCGCUUCCAUUACUAAGCUUGAAUACGCUUACACCAAAGCUCCCACGAACAUGAAAUCCACCGUUCAGGCCAUUGCUCUCUUCACGUCCGCUGUGUCCUCUGCGCUUGGCCAGGCCCUCGUCUCCCUCUCCGAAGACCCUCUACUUGAAUGGAACUAUGGCGCCGUAGCCGUUAUCGCUAUGUUUGGUGCCAUUGGGUUCUAUCUCACCUUCCGCAAGGCUGACAGGGAGGAGGAUGCUCUGAACGCUCUGAAGACAUCCGCUUAUAUGGGAAAGAAAACAGGAGACGUUGAGAGUGAAGCUAAAGGCCAGGAGCUUGCGAAAAAUGAGAAAGCUAGUUUGAACUAG